AUGAAUUAUUAACAACAACAACUCAUAUAUUGGGAAAAAUAGGGCUAUGAUCAAUUAUGUGGUGUGCAUUGCAUCAACUCUCUUUUAUAAGGACCCUAUUUUAAUGAGGUUGAUUUAGCAACAAUUGCUUAAGAAUUAGAUAGAUAGGAAAUUGAAUUGCUGGGUAAAACAGGGCAUCGUUACAAGUCAUAGAAUGUUGCAGAAGAUGGCAAUUUCUCCAUUUAAGUUUUAGCUGAGGCCUUAAAGAAAUUAGGAGAUUUGUAUAUUGAAUCAGUGGAUUCAAAAAUCAACCAAAAUUAAGACUUGAGGUAUUCGAUUCUGCUUAUAUAAAUUAAGUCAAGAGAGUGGAUUUAUUUGCAAUUCUUAAGCUCAUUGGUUUUCAAUUAGAAAGAUUGAUAACAUUUGGUACAAUCUAAAUUCAACGAAUAAAAGAGCACCAGAAAUCAUUAGUGACUUUUAUCUAUCAGCAUUCCUACUAUCAGUAAAGGAGAAUGGAUAUCAAAUCUUCGUAGUGAAGGGUGUUUAUCCCCCUCCACAAUUAGAUGUAUUUAUAAUCUCAUUAUGCCUUUAUAGAACAUCGAUUAAAGUGAUCGAUAAAAGGUUCUUACUACCUAGUUCGUUAAAUAAGUUCAUGAUAGAAGAGUUAAGAAAAAGAAUUAUAAAUUGAACAUAGGAGGUUCAGAUGAGGUCGAAAUGGAAAAGGCAUUAAAAUAAAGCAAAGGAGAAAAAUAUGUACUACUUAGUAAUAGUUUAGGAAUCAACAGAUGAGGAAUUUGAAGAAGAAGGUCAAUAACCAUAGAAGAAGUAAUCGACUCCCAAGUUUCAAGGAUAGGGAGUCUAAUUUUAGCAUUAAAAAUCAGUAGUAAAUUAUCCAAAUUUUAAUAUUGAUCCUCUCGAUGCUGAGUAUAGGUCGAUUAUCUUAAUGACACUUGAAUAAGUAAGAUGCUAUUGAUACAUAGUUAGAAAUUCAGUAUGUAAUUGGAGGAAGGCUUAGUUAUCCUAUUUUAAUUGCCUGGUGGCUAAAAUAAGUAAUACACCUUUAGUUAUGAUGCAACUGUUGAAGUAUUUGAUAAUUUGAUCGCAUAGGACCUUUACGAUUUCAUUUUCUUCGAAAGCAGACAAUAACCUAUGAGAUUUAUUUUGAUUUGCCCAAUUCAAAAGCUAUAACUUCUAGAUGUUUCACAAUAACUCUUGGAUAUUGGCAUAGACACAAUGACCUAAAUUAUUGUGAAGAAGGAAUGAAAAUUUGAUUAUCAACUUCAACAGAUAUUUAUUCUAGAAAAUUAAGG